AUGAAGGAACUAGUGUCAAACAGUACAACCAAUAUAUCUCAAGCCAGAAAAGCUGUGGAGCAAUUAAAAAUGGAGGCAUACAUGGAUAGGAUGAAGGUAUCCAAGGCUGCAGCAGACUUAUUGGCAUAUUGUGAUGCUCAUAUUGGAGAAGAUCCCCUUAUUAUUCCAGUGCCUGCAUCUGAAAAUCCCUUUAGGGAGAAGAAACUCUUUUGUACUAUCCUUUGA